AAUGGCAGAUUAUACAAAACUUUUACAUGAUUUAUACAAUAAUCCAGAGUCCCCAGCGGCUUUUUCAGGUGUUGAUAGACUUUGGAAGGAGGCUAGAAAAGUAAUCAAACACAUACCUAAAAACGUAGUACAAGAUUAUUUAGAAGGACAUAGGACCUAUACAUUGAUGCGCCCCAAACGGAUUCAUUUUAAAAGAGCAAAGACAAUACCAGCUGGUUUUAUGACAGAUGUGCAGGUUGAUCUUGCAGAUUUUCAAGCAAUCUCAAGACACAAUCAGGGAAAUAGAUAUUUACUUUUGGGAAUUGAUGUCUUAUCGAAAAGAGUAUUCGGUACUCCAGUCAAAUCCAAGAGAACUGAAGAAAUGAUACAAGCAUUUAAACAAUUAUUUGAACAAAUGCCUAUGAAACCUCAUAGAAUUUUUUCAGAUAAAGGCACAGAAUUUAAAAACAAACAAAUGGCAGAAUAUUUUGAAAAAGAAGAAAUACACAAAACUGAACCAGUACAUUCUAUUGUGAAAGCAUCAUUAGCAGAAAGGGCUAUACGUAAUAUUAAACAGCGUAUAUAUCGCUAUUUUGCCCAAAACAAAAUACUCAACUGGAUUCAGGUUUUACCUAAAAUUAUAGAAGGAAUAAAUAAGUCUAAGAGUAGGAUUCACGGAAUGAGACCUAUAGAUGUGACUUUUGACAAUGCACAAGAGGUGUGGGAGCGGAUUUAUGGUAACGAUUAUUCCAAAAAGAAAAUAAAAUCCAAACUAAAGAAAGGAGAUUAUGUCCGUAUGAGUGUAGGAAAAGGAUUAUUCGAGAAGGGUUAUAUCCCAAAUUGGGGUGAUGAAAUUUUACAAAUAGAAAAUGUUAAAAACCACGUUCAACCAAUCCGUUACAAAGUACAAGACGAUAAGGGCGAAAGAUUCAAAGGAUCAUUUUAUAAGGAAGAAUUGGCUCGUGUUAAGAAGGAUGCUGAUACAGAGUAUAGGAUAGAGAAAGUUAUAAGAAAAAGGAAAAGACCAGAUGGCACAUUCGAUUUAUUAGUAAAGUUUAUAGGUUACCCUGAAAGAGAAUGGAUCCAUGAGACCCAACUUGUAUAAAAGCCAAUUUAUUUAUUUAUUUUUCAUUUUGAUAAAGAUGUCAAAUACAUUUUUUGUUUUUCUUCCUAGUAAUGUUUCCGAUUACCCAGAUAAUAAACCAAAUAAAUUC